AUGGGAGCAGACAGGGUCAAAGAUGCGAGACUACAAACCCUAAUGGCUGAAUUCGACCGACUCAAGAUGAAAUAUACAGAGUCAAUCGAUUAUUUCUCAGGAAAACUGUCUGAAAUCUCAUCAAAAUCUGCGGCUUUGGGAGUCACUAUUGAAGAACCAAAACUAGUUAAGAAGUUUCUUAAAAGCCUCACAAGAAAGAAAUACAUCCACAUUGUUGCAUCUCUUGAACAUGUAUUGGACCUUAAUACUACAAGCUUCGAAGAUAUUACUGGUCGACUAAAGGCAAACGAAGAACGUAUCUUUGAAGAAGAAGAAGAAACUCAAGAAGAUCAGACUAAGUUGAUGUGGAUGAAUACAGAGGCUCAAAAUCGAAACUUCAAUGGUGAAAACAGAGGCAGGGGAUGCGGUGAACGAUUUUACUCAAGAGGAAGAGGAUGUGGCCGUUUUAACGGUGAAAGAGGAGAUUCAACGAGGAAUGUUGAUCUAUCAAAAAUCACUUGCUAUCGAUGUGACAAACAAGGCCACUAUGCGUCAAGCUGCCCAGAUCGACUACUAAAGUUGCAAGAAGCCCAAGAAAAUACCGAAGAAGAAACCGAGGAUGUAGAUGAACUAUUAAUGCAUGAAGUGGUUUACCUGAAUGAGAAGAACUGCACACCAAGCAAAUAUAAAACUAACACCGAAGAAGAAUACAUAUGGUAUCUCAACAACGGUGCGAGCAAUCACAUGACUGGUGAUCGGAGGUAUUUCAUGAAACUUGAUGACUCUGUUACAGGGAAAGUUUGUUUUGGUGAUGAUUCACGAAUUGACAUCAAAGGAAAAGGAUCGAUAUCAUUCAUUGAUAGAAACGGGGACUCAAGAGUGAUGAACAACGUCUACUUCAUCCCAGAUUUAAGAUCAUAA